AUGGGCGAAGACAUAAAGAGAGUAGAAGGUAAUUUAUUGCUAGAAACGCCUUGCAUAAAUCUAGAGAUCUUGGAGAUAUUCUUUGCUAGAGCUAGGGUUCCAGGAAUAUCAUCAGAUUUCUCGCAGACGCCUUUGGGUUUUUUGAUCUGCGAAAAGGCCCUCUCGCUUUGUUUACAAUUGCAGCCUGGAAGUGAGGAUGCUGCAUUGUAUGAGGCUGCGAGAUUUGGCCAUGUUGAUAUUGUUCCAUAUUUUCUUAGGGAACUUGAAAGUAAUGUUCGGAGUCAAAAUAAAGGGCUUACUUAUUUUCAUACUGCUGUUUUGUAUGGACAUAUUGAGAUGGUUGAAUUUUUACUCUCUGAGGGAGCAGAAGCACAUAUCCGAACGGAUGAACGGCGAUUGACUUGUUAUCAUUUAUUGAUGAUGAGACCAGGAGACGAAGAAAAUUUACGUCGAAUACUAGAAUUACUGUCUAGUUGCAAGCCGGCGAUUGAAGUCGAUGCCAAAGAAACGACAAGUUCUCUCACAGCACUCCACAUGGCAGUCAGGAAUAGAAAUCUUUACGGUGUGAAAUAG